AUGAACCGUAAGCCGGUUCUCCUCUCGCCCGCCAAGGAAUGGCGCGACCCAAUAUUCGCCGCGCCUUCACCAUCUCGUAAAGACACUGGGCCACUCACCACCCCUCGGCACCGAGAGCCGCCGCUCUCGCCAUUCCGCUCGCCAUUGAUGGGCUCCACAAACCCCGCAAUCCCCGCGGGAUCUCCGCUCGGGUCGCGCUCCCGCCGCGCCUUGGCCUCUCCGGUGCGUGACGUGCGCCAGGCGGACCGCGGGGACCACGGCGGCGGCGGGGGGAACAGCAAGCGGUUGGCGCAACUAUGCAUUCUCCGCACAGCGCAAGCGCAACUCAACUCCGCGAACCCCCUGCGCCCCCCGUCUUCCGCGCAGCCGUCCCCCAUUUUCUCCGCCGAGUCCCCCAGCUCUCUGCUGUGUCAGGCGGGAAGCGCGCUAUCGUCUUCCGCGCAGGCGCGCGCGUCCUUUGAGUCGGUUCAUGCGCCGUGCAGCGCGCCGAGCGGCCCCAUGUCCGCGCAAGACGGCGCAGCGGACAUGUUCGACCCUUUUCUCCUCCCCGCGCCCGCCUUUCCGCUCCGCGACCAACCCUCCUCCCCUCCGCCCCUACCGGUGGCGCAACCCGCGCAAGCGCCGUCGGCGGAAGACACGGGCGCAACUUCCGCGGACCGCGGAGAGAGGUGUGAGAUGGCGGUACAUCUCCAGCAUGCUGAUGUCGAUGCCACGGCAGCUGCUAUGGCGGCGGAAAUUGCGGAGAAGGAUGUGACAAUGGCGAGGGAUGAACGGAAUGGGGAGAAUUCGGGAAAGCAGGAGGGAAACGGAGUCGGGCGGAUUCGGAUGGUGGGCGAAAAUGGCGCGCAGAUGGGCGUAAUGCGGGCUGGGAAGGCGGCUCAGGCGGAGCCUUUCGGAACGCGCGCUGGCGCCGAGUGCGCAGAUCGUGAGAAUGUGGGGCGCAUUGACAGUCGAGGGAACUUGGGGGGGAAGCGGGGCGAGAAUUCGGGCGCGUGCAGCCGCGACGCGCAGAACGCGUCAGUUCGAAGCACGCUCAUGGAGCUGGCAGCCAAUAAGAAGCUGCCACAUGGCCCGCGCAAGGGCGAUCCAAUGUACGAGUGCAAGCGCUGCCCCUUGGCUUUUCCCGCCCGCUCCCCCCUGUCCCACUCCGCCGCGCUGACUCCCCCCGUGCACCUCCCCUCCCGCCUGCACAUCCCUGCUGCACUUACCGGUUUGACCCGCGGGGGGAAUGGGGGGUUGGGCAUGGGGAGGCUGGGGCUGGCGGCGCCUGGAAGCUGUGGUAGCAGCCCCCGAGGAGACUGUUCCUCCCUGUGGAGUCGGCAGCUUCAGCAGCAGUACGGGCAGCAGCAGCAGAACCAGCAGCAGCAGCAGCAGCAGCAGCAUCAUCAUCAACUGUUGGUGCAGCAAGUAAAGCUGCUACAGCAGCACCAGCAGCAGCACCUGAAUCAGUUCGGCGAGAGAAAGGGGCCGUACCGGCCGCAAUCGCAGGGCUACAAGGCGGGAAAUCAGCAACGGUCAUAUGAGAAGCCGUCGUACGGCGGGCAAGAGUACCCGCAGGCGAGUCAGUAUAAGCGGUCCGAUCAGCAAUCGCCGUCUCCGAGUCAGUUUUCCCAGUUCGACCAGCAGCCGUAUCAGUCUAGAUCGCCGGGCUCGUAUCAACGACGGGGCGAGCAGCAGCAGCAACAGCAGUACGGGCAGGAGGAGCCGAGCGAUGAGAUUAAGACUAUUGAAUGGCAAUCCGAUCUGUCGAAUUCCGUGAAUCUGAUUGGCAACUUGGCAGCGGACCCAGAGUAUCGGUUUCUCGACAGUGGCAAGUCCGUGGCGAGUGUGAAGCUGGCGGUGGGGUGGAAGAAGGCCAACGGGGAGAAGCACACUGACUGCGGGCGAGUGCACAUGGAAGAAGAGGAGUACUCGGACAGCAGUGGGGCGCCCCCUGUGUGGGUGGGUGGGUGGGCACCCAUCCUGGGAAGAAGAGAGAAGGAGGAGUUGGAAAGGAGAUUUUGGGGAGGGGGAGAAGGGAAAGAGAGACACUUAACACUCUGUCCCCCAUAUUCACGCCCAUCCGUCACCAUUCUGUCCCCCAUAUUCACGCCCAUCCGUCACCAUUCUGUCCCCCAUAUUCACGCCCAUCCGUCACCAUUCUGUCCCCCAUAUUCACGCCCAUCCGUCACCAUUCUGUCCCCCAUAUUCACGCCCAUCCGUCACCAUUCUGUCCCCCAUAUUCACGCCCAUCCGUCAUCAUUCUGUCCCCCAUAUUCACGCCCAUCCGUCACCAUUCUGUCCCCCAUAUUCACGCCCAUCCGUCACCAUUCUGUCCCCCAUAUUCACGCCCAUCCGUCACCAUUCUGUCCCCCAUAUUCACGCCCAUCCGUCACCAUUCUGUCCCCCAUAUUCACGCCCAUCCGUCACCAUUCUGUCCCCCAUAUUCACGCCCAUCCGUCACCAUUCUGUCCCCCAUAUUCACGCCCAUCCGUCACCAUUCUGUCCCCCAUAUUCACGCCCAUCCGUCACCAUUCUGUCCCCCAUAUUCACGCCCAUCCGUCACCAUUCUGUCCCCCAUAUUCACGCCCAUCCGUCACCAUUCUGUCCCCCAUAUUCACGCCCAUCCGUCACCAUUCUGUCCCCCAUAUUCACGCCCAUCCGUCACCAUUCUGUCCCCCAUAUUCACGCCCAUCCGUCACCAUUCUGUCCCCCAUAUUCACGCCCAUCCGUCACCAUUCUGUCCCCCAUAUUCACGCCCAUCCGUCACCAUUCUGUCCCCCAUAUUCACGCCCAUCCGUCACCAUUCUGUCCCCCAUAUUCACGCCCAUCCGUCACCAUUCUGUCCCCCAUAUUCACGCCCAUCCGUCACCAUUCUGUCCCCCAUAUUCACGCCCAUCCGUCACCAUUCUGUCCCCCAUAUUCACGCCCAUCCGCCACCAUUCUGUCCCCCAUAUUCACGCCCAUCCGUCACCAUUCUGUCCCCCAUAUUCACGCCCAUCCGUCAUCAUUCUGUCCCCCAUAUUCACGCCCAUCCGUCACCAUUCUGUCCCCCAUAUUCACGCCCAUCCGUCACCAUUCUGUCCCCCAUAUUCACGCCCAUCCGUCACCAUUCUGUCCCCCAUAUUCACGCCCAUCCGUCACCAUUCUGUCCCCCAUAUUCACGCCCAUCCGUCACCAUUCUGUCCCCCAUAUUCACGCCCAUCCGUCACCAUUCUGUCCCCCAUAUUCACGCCCAUCCGUCACCAUUCUGUCCCCCAUAUUCACGCCCAUCCGUCACCAUUCUGUCCCCCAUAUUCACGCCCAUCCGUCACCAUUCUGUCCCCCAUAUUCACGCCCAUCCGUCACCAUUCUGUCCCCCAUAUUCACGCCCAUCCGUCACCAUUCUGUCCCCCAUAUUCACGCCCAUCCGUCACCAUUCUGUCCCCCAUAUUCACGCCCAUCCGUCACCAUUCUGUCCCCCAUAUUCACGCCCAUCCGUCACCAUUCUGUCCCCCAUAUUCACGCCCAUCCGUCACCAUUCUGUCCCCCAUAUUCACGCCCAUCCGUCACCAUUCUGUCCCCCAUAUUCACGCCCAUCCGUCAUCAUUCUGUCCCCCAUAUUCACGCCCAUCCGUCACCAUUCUGUCCCCCAUAUUCACGCCCAUCCGUCACCAUUCUGUCCCCCAUAUUCACGCCCAUCCGUCACCAUUCUGUCCCCCAUAUUCACGCCCAUCCGUCACCAUUCUGUCCCCCAUAUUCACGCCCAUCCGUCACCAUUCUGUCCCCCAUAUUCACGCCCAUCCGUCACCAUUCUGUCCCCCAUAUUCACGCCCAUCCGUCACCAUUCUGUCCCCCAUAUUCACGCCCAUCCGUCACCAUUCUGUCCCCCAUAUUCACGCCCAUCCGUCACCAUUCUUUCCCCCAUAUUCACGCCCAUCCGUCACCAUUCUGUCCCCCAUAUUCACGCCCAUCCGUCACCAUUCUGUCCCCCAUAUUCACGCCCAUCCGUCACCAUUCUGUCCCCCAUAUUCACGCCCAUCCCUCCCCAUUCUGUCCCCCAUAUUCACGCCCAUCCCUCCCCAUUCUGUCCCCCAUAUUCACGCCCAUCUCUCCCCAUUCUGUCCCCCAUAUUCACGCCCAUCUCUCCCCAUUCUGUCCCCCAUACUCACCCACAUGCAUGCUCUGACAGCCGGGCAGGUGGAGGCAUUGUGGCGGGAUUUCUUUGACGAUCCAGUGCAAUUCUUUGACUACCGGGAGAUGAAGGUACAGCGUGGGUUGAAGGGUGCAGUUUGUGGGCAUGCUGUGUGUGGGGCUUGCUGUUGCACGCUUGCUGGUGGGGGUUGUCAAGGAGGGCAGGUGGAGACAUUGUGGCGUGAGUUCUUUGACGACCCUGUGCAAUUCUUUGAGUACCGGGAGAUGAAGCAACACAAUGAAGUACCACCCAAGUACCCGGAUUUCAAGAAGAUAGCUACAGGAGAGCCGCUGUGGGUGGAGAGCCGCGGCACCCCUCCCUGGGUGUACGAUUCCUUGCAGAAAUACGAUGAUGCCUUUGCUGCAGCACUGGCAGGCAUGCCGCUUAACGGGCAGGGGGGCGAGGAGGGUGGUGCUGGUGGGGAGCAGUUUGGGGAGAAUUACAAGGAAGAGUUUGGAGGAGGGGCGAUGGACGCCCCACUGGCUGGGAUGCCGCUUGACGGGCAGGGGGGCGAGGAGGGCGGUGCUGGUGGGGAGCAGUUUGGGGAGGAGUUUGGGGGAGGGGCGAUGGACGCUCGUGGGUUCUGA